AUGGCGUCUCAUCUCAAAAGUGUUAAAAUAUCAACCAUGACAGAUGAGAUACAGAAGACGUUAUGUGAGCAUGCUAAAGAUGAUCCAUCUUGCACUCAAAAACAACUACAACAAUGGGUGGCUGAAAAAUUCAAUCUACAAGUAAGUCAGGCAACAAUAUCAAACACCAUUAAGAAGUCAACAGAUUAUCUAUCGACUAAUAUGGAUAGAGGUGGUACAAAAAGACACAAAGAAUUGAAUUAUCGUUAUACAAUGGAUGCUGAAAAGGUUAUUGAUUAUCCUAGUGAAAAUAAAGCCGCUGCAGAAUUUUUGAAUGAUGAACAAAUCAUUAGCAUUGUUAUGGAAAAUGAGAAAGAAGAUGAAGCAGAAUAUGACAGUACAGAGUUGGAGCCGGUCUCACGAAAGAAUGUCCUUCAAGCAACAAUUACAUUGCGUAAUUUUCUCUUGCAAUAUGAACAUAGUACGCCACAGCUCCAUAAUGCAUUAAGAAUGAUUCAAGAUGAAGUGUAA